CAGAGAUUUGGUCAGCACUGUGUGGGGAACAUGUGCAGUUCUCUGAACACAAAGCGGUGAAAACACACACGCUCACGAGCUCGAGUAACUGUGGCUGUGUUUGGUCUGCGUGUGUGCGCGCGUGCUGUGUGCAGUCUUAGAAACAUGCCGAAGAGAGCCAAGAAGAACGAGGAAGCUUCUGCAGAAGCAGGUGACAAUGGAACAGGACCAGAAACAAAGAAAGGAAAGAAGGCAAAGGAACCCGAAGCCCCAGUUUUAUAUGAAGAUCCCCCGGAUAAACUGACCAGCAAGGAUGGCCGGGCAGCCAACACGAAGAUAACCUCGUGGAAUGUGGAUGGUCUUCGUGCCUGGGUGAAGAAGAAUGGGCUCGAUUGGGUGCGUCAGGAGGAUCCAGAUGUGCUGUGUCUUCAGGAGACUAAGUGUGCUGAGAAAUCUUUACCAGUCAAUAUCACUUCCAUGCCCGAGUAUCCUUAUAAGUACUGGGCAGGUUCUGAGGAUAAAGAGGGUUACAGUGGAGUGGCCAUGCUGUGCAAGACCAAGCCUCUCAGAGUCACUUAUGGCAUUGGAAAAGAGGAGCAUGACAAAGAAGGCCGUGUGAUCACUGCCGAGUUCCCGUCUUACUUCCUGGUUACCGCGUACGUUCCCAAUGCCGGGCGUGGCCUGGUCCGCCUUGACUACCGCAAAACGUGGGACGUGGACUUCCGCGCGUACCUGAGCGAUCUGGACAGUCGUAAACCCCUGGUCCUGUGUGGCGACCUCAACGUGGCCCACCACGAGAUCGACCUAAAGAACCCUAAAGGUAACCGUAAGAACGCGGGCUUCACCCCUGAAGAGCGCGAGGGUUUCAGUCAGCUCCUGGCCGCCGGUUUCACCGACAGCUUCCGCGAGCUGUAUCCAGAGCAGACCCACGCCUACACCUUCUGGACGUACAUGAUGAGCGCACGGGCCAAGAACGUGGGAUGGCGCCUGGACUACUUCCUGCUAUCUGCUGCUUUGCUCCCCAGCUUGUGUGACAGCAAGAUUCGUAACACUGCCAUGGGGAGUGACCACUGCCCCAUCACCCUCCACCUGGCCAUCUGAACACCACCACCACGCCGGGUCACUACGCUUAAUAUUUCUCUCACGUGUAGAUCAAGGUGAAACAAUUAUUUUACUGAAUAAAACAGGAACAGAAGCAGUUACGAGUCAGCGUUUGUUCUGUUGCUGAUUCCAUUGUUCCCCACAGAUGUUCUUAGUUUUAAUAAAAUCUUCAAAACAAGCGUGACCUCAGCAUACAGUGUACGGAGGAGACCAUGUGUAUUUUUGUGACUUGUUUAAUAACUUAACAUUCUGAUUCAUUUCAUGUGAAAUGAAACCCAAACUCAACAUCUGGAUCUAGUUUGAAAAUAAAGAUGUGUCUCAGUGCGUGGUGAUUGAUGUACAUGGGGUUCGGUUCCAGAUGUGAACUACUUCUGAUUUGUUUCUUCACCUUCGAUUGUUAACCAAAUUUACUGUACUUUCUACUUUUAUUGAUUUUAAUUUUUUUUUAUGAAUCUUUCCUGUUGAAAUAAACAAAUUUGCUGAA